GCGGGGGAGCACGAGGCGGCGCGAGAGGUGGAGCGAGAGGUGCAUCGAGAGGGAGAGGAAGAGGCGGCAUGCGAGGACGGGGUGGGAACAGAGGCGGCUUUGCUGCUGCGCGGACCGAAGACGCAAAGGACGACGCAUUCACUGCUGAUGCGCCCGAGUACCCCGAAUCUGAGGACUCAGCCUCUGACAUGUCCGACGACAUGUCCGACGAUGACGACGAAGACGAGGAUGCGACGACUGCCUCACAGGCCUAUACCGCCCUUCUGCAGUCCUUCCCUUCGCGCCAGUAUGCCGGCCCAGACGAACCACGCGCAAAGAAGCGCAAGCUCCAUCACGCGGAUCCGGCUGAAGAAGUUGAUGCGCAGGAUGCAGAUAUGGUCGUGGCAGAGGAAGAAGAGGCCGUCGACAUUGACGACGACGCGCAAUCCGUACACGACGACGAUGCAGAGAAUGCCGAAAAUGUCUUCGAAGUCCAUUUCGCCAACCCCGACGACAACGAGCUAGCCACACGGCUGAAGCACAUAGCGAGCAACCAGUGGGCAUCAAAGAAGGUGCAUGGCGGCGGAGGAAGAGGAGUGCUCCAGGUGCCCAGCACAGAAGAGAAGGCUCUGUCGCGGCGGAACAUCAAGAACAUCCGCGACGUCCAGCUCAAGGCCCGCCUCGCCGACAAUGCCCUCAAGGUAGUCGGCGACCUGGACGAGCUCGAGAAAAUCAUUGCGCCCUCGAUAUUCGACUACCAAGACGUGCUGUUUGGCGCAAGAACGGUGCAGAGCGCGAGUCGUCUGCGCGACAUCACCUGCCUCCACGCCCUCAACCACAUCUUGAUGACGCGAGAUCGCGUGUUGAAGAACAACGCGAAACUGGCUGCUGCUUCCGAGGACGACGACGCCGAGUACCGCGAUCAGGGCUUCACCCGACCAAAGAUCCUCUUCCUACUCGAGACAAAGCAAGCCUGUGUGCGUAUUUUGGACUCGAUAACAAAACUACACCACUUUGAGCAGCAAGAGAACAAGAAGCGCUUCCUGGACAGCUUCUCCCAACCAGAGGACAAAUUCUCAGACGACAAGCCAGCCGACUUCCGCGAACUCUUCGAGGGCAACGACGACAACGAAUUCCGCGUCGGUGUCAAGCUGACUCGAAAGACGCUGAAAUUCUACUCGACCUUCUACAACUCAGACAUCAUCUUCGCCUCGACACUAGGCCUUCGACGUGCCAUCGAGUCGGGCGACCCCAAGAAACGAGACUCGGACUUCCUCUCCUCCAUCGAGGUAGUCAUAAUGGAGCAAGCCGACGCAACCCUAAUGCAAAACUGGGAGCACGCCGAGUUCGUCUUCGAGCACCUCAACCUCCAACCCAAAGACCCCCACGGCUGCGACUUCUCACGCGUGCGAUCCUGGUACCUCGACGGCCACGCCGCCCACCUCCGCCAAACCAUCAUCCUCUCCGCCUUCCUAACCCCCAAAAUCAACACCCUCUACAACAAGCACAUGCGCAACAUAGCCGGCCGCCUAAAAUACACCCCAGACUACACGGCCGGCCUCAUCGAAUCCCUGCCCCACGGCAUAAAGCAAACCUUUACCCGCUUCGACUCGCCCUCCCACCUCACAGACCCAGACACGCGCUUUAAGUAUUUCACAACUACCGUCCUGCCCGCUAUCGCCCGCUUGCCCCAACCCCCGCAAGCUGGCCAGGGCGUCCUCGUCUACAUCCCCUCGUACCUCGACUUCGUCCGCGUUCGCAACUCCCUCGUCGACUCGAACUUCUCCUACGCCUCGAUCAGCGAGUACACGGAUGCGACUGACGUGCGCAAAGCCCGCAGCCACUUCAUGACCGGCAAGCAUGCCCUGCUGCUGUAUACGGGGCGCGCGCACCACUUCCAUAGGUAUAAUCUGCGCGGCGUCAAGAGGGUGGUGUUCUACGGGUUACCUGAGAACCCGCUGUUUUACGAUGAGGUCGUCGGGUUUAUUGGCAAGACGGUUGAGAGGGGCGAGAUUAGUCGUGCGGAGGGGCAUGUGCGUGUUUGCUUUUCGAAGUGGGAGAGACUGGAGUUGGAGCGCGUUGUGGGGUCUAAGAGGGUGGGGAAGAUGGUCGGGGAUAAGGGGGAUGUGUUUGAUUUUGUGUAGAUAAGAUGUAGACUUGUUGGGAUUAUGGAGCGUUUUUUAUUGCGCUUUUUGUUGUUUGUGGCGUGCAUGUUGGUACUGUGGGGAUAUCUUGUCUUGUGCUUGUCUUGUGGGGAGUUCUCCCGCUCAGGGGUUUUCAAAUGAGUUUGAAGUAAUCAAGUCUACCACAUUCAUCCACCCGUUCUU